AGUUUGCGGCUCCGUCGUCUGUUCCACAGCAACGUUCGCUCUCUGGACAGACGUGAAAAAUGCGCAUUUAGGACCCUGAGGCGUUUUAUUUUUACUCUUGAUGUGCAGCAGACCAUUAAGUCUGUGUGAAAUCAGUCACAACGUUAUUACAGUCUGAUACGGAACUUCACAGUCACUUUCUGAGUGAGCAAACAGUAUCCAACGCAAUGAGAGAACUACAUUUCAAGGAUAAUUUUUGGAACACUGAUAUCAUCAGCACAGCUGGAUAUGACAGCAUCAUCCAGCACUUGAAUGACGGCAAGAGGACGUGCAAAGAAAUCGAAGAUUUCAUGAAGGCCAGAGCCACAAUUGAAGAAAAAUAUGCCAAGGAGCUGCUGGGUUUGUCCAAGAAAGUGUGUGGACACAGUGAAAUGAACACCCUGAAACGAUCGCUUGACGUUUUCAAAUUACAAACAGAAAAUGCCAGUUUGUCCCAUCUGCAUUUGGCCCAAAACAUGAGGGAGGAAGCAAAGAAAUUAGAAGACUUCAGAGAGAAACAGAAAGAGGCCCGGAAGAAGGUAGAACAGCAUAUGGAUGCUCUUCAUAAGCAGAAGGCCGCACAGUAUAAGAAAACAGCUGAGGCGAAGAAGACUUAUGAGCAAAAGUGUCGAGAUAAAGAGGAAGCAGAACAGAACAUGAACAGAAACGCCACCACUAGCAGUUCCAAGCAGCAAGAAAAGCUGUAUGCCAAAACACAGCAAGCCAAGCAGACGGCAGAGGAAGCCGACAGGAUAUAUAGUCAGAAUGUGUCCUUGCUGGGGAAGAUGAGAGAGGAGUGGCUGAACGAGCAUGUCAAAGCCUGCGAGUUUUUUGAGAAACAGGAAGUGGAGAGGAUCAGCACCCUGAGAAACGUUGUGUGGACCCAUCUCAACCAUCUCUCCCAGCAGUGUGUCACCAGCGAUGAGCUCUAUGAGGAAGUGAGGAAGUCACUGGAGCAAUGUAACGUUCAAGAAGACAUCGAGCAUUUUGUCAACCUCAGAAGAACUGGAGACAAGCCACCAGCAUCUGUUCCAUAUGAGAACUUCUACAAUAAUCAGAGAUCAGCUCCCAUUCGUUCACUUCCCACAGCUGGCAGGAGAGCAGCAGCACCUCCACCACCAACUGCAGAAAAUGAUCCUUUAUACUCAACCGUAGCAGAACCAGGAUACAGCCUAAUACGAUAUUAAUAAGAUCGUGACUCGUCUUUGCAAGCCCUUCUGCUGCUCAGUAGGAAUAUUGUGAAGGCAUUUGUUACAUUUUUCAUCAAGGGUUGAAAAGCACAUUGUUUACCCUCUAAUGCUGUUGCCAGCUUCCUCAUACCAUGUGGUGAGAAUAUAUUGUAGCCUGGCAUGAAGUGUUUCCCUGUCUCUGUAUAAAAAAACAUUGUUAACUUGCUAACCUAAAAUUCACCCAUGCAAACACAGUGAGUUUUGACACUAUUACAUAGUCAUAAAAAGUUGAAUCCUGAAGUUCUCACUACACUGAUAACAUCAACAAACAAUGUUGGAUAAAUAUUUGUAUUUUAUUUACUGUAAAUUUUUGCACCACUAGUGGCAUCAAAUGGAAUUGCAAUGUGUUUGAACAGCCUUAUUGGGCUCAACCAAUGGGGUGAGUUCGGAGGCGGGGCUACCCGUUUGGCCAACCAAUGGAAAACAGGAAAGGACAGUUCUUUUGUCAUUAUUUUUUAAAAUUCAGUUUGGUGUAGCUAGUGGUCCAGAAAUUACACACUUUGCAUUUUAAAUCAGCUUUUUAUAAAGGCCACAAAAAUAUAAUUUAUUUCUAGGGUAAAAUUCUACACACUGUCAAUACAGAGUCCUGCAUCACUGGAUUUAUUGCUUCAAUAAAUGUACUGUAUAUACGAUUUCA